AUCCCCUUUGAAAUCACAAUCUAGGGUUUCAAAAAAAAAUUCCCAAUCCAAUCGGAAAAAAACCCUAAUUCGCAGAGAGAAAAAAUGGGAGGAAAGUGUCCACACAGGAGCGUGAAGAAGCGUAGAUACUCUCACAAGCAAUUUCGCCGUACAAAAUUCCUUGUUAAAGGAGACGAUGCUGUUUACGAUGAUCUGUUAAAGCCGGAGGAGCAACGGAAAGAGUUGCCCGUCGACGAAGAUCUUCCCGGAAUGGGUCAAUACUACUGUAUGCACUGCGAUCGAUAUUUUGCAAAUGUUACUGUGAGGGAUGAGCAUUUCAAGACGAAGAAGCACAGGAAGCGUGUGAAAAUAAUGAUGGGCCCUAAACCGCACACCCAACUUGAUGCCGACUUAGCUGCUGGAAUGGGCAUGCCAGAUAAUGGUCCAAAGCUAAUGUCAAUGAGUUAGAGCUUCCCUCGUCCUGUUUAUAACUCAUUUGGCACUGAUAGAAGAACCGUCUCUCUCUCUGUCUCUGUCUCUGUCUCCCAGUAUAGUAAGUUUAGAAGAUACUUAGCGGAGCGCAUUAGCUUGGUGUUUCUUGUUUGGCCAAGAUUCACUGAGAUGAUGCUAGCUAGUGACUGCCUAUGUUUUGUUUCUGUUGUAUCAAACCACAGAUUUCUUAAAGAAUCGUCGUCUUUGAAUUAAUAUGCCAAUUUAUUCAAUUUGGAUUCGAUAGCUAAA